GCAUGAAGUACUAGGAGGUAGAGUGGAGCGCGUUGUUCACAUAUACGUUCAUGUUGCAUAUUAGUUUGUUUCCAUGUAUUCGUGUUCUUAAGAUUUCGUGUAUAUGUUUAUUGUACUUUUUUAAUGAAAAAUAAACCAAAGUAUACUACAUUUGGCUGAGUCUGUUACGUUUUUUAUAUGAGUGAAUAACGACGUUCGCUCAGUCGUUUGCUUUCAUGACCGGCAUAAGGAAAACCUAAGAUACAUGCAAGCAACAUGAAAACUAGUUGAUUUUAUAAAUGUCAAUAUUUUUCUUUUUUGUGAGUACACUUUGAAAUGCUCUCAGCAGUGCUAUGCUAUGUUGUGGCUUGUUAAAAAAUAUAUAUAGAUAAAAAGAUAUCUCCUCCGUUCAAAGCAAUUGCUGGAUUAAGUUCGAAGCUAGUGACUGCUAUUGCUUUUUUUAUUGGCUAUGUGCGAUGAUGAAGCGCUUAUAUACGUGCGUGUCAGCGUGUGCAUGUAUGUAUGUGUAUGUUUGUGUAUGUGUCUGUAGUCAUAAGAAAGUGUUAGAAUUGUAAAAAAAAGUCGUCGAUCGUUACUAAUAGACAUUAAGUAAGCGGUAAGGAAAUGAACACGUUUUUUGGACGUUUUCACGUAUCCACAUAAUGUUUAGGAACUUAGACAUUUGAAUUGGCAGAAGAGAAUGUGCAGCGGUAAGAACAAUAACCACGUGUGAUAUCUUAGAAGGCAAAAGAGUUAUAAUUUUUUGGAAAAAUUGUUUGUUAUUGUUAGUAAGAAAACAUGCCACCCAAAAAGGACACAAACGCACAAAACAACAAUAAUCCAAAUGUCACCAACAACAAUGAAGUGACAACCACAGCAGUUGCGGCGCCAACUGUAACUAUAACUGUAACUUCAACGUCAAACAAUACAAAUAGUUCGACAACAGCAACUGUCUCUCAACUGGCUGCGGCAGCAGCGGCUGCUGCUACCAACAAUGUAGCAAUAUCUGGCGGCCAAGCGGUAUAUUUGCACGAUGUCGCAGCUGAGCAACGUACUAUAGCUUAUCAAGCGAAUGCAAAGCUCUGUCGUUUAGUGCGGAAAUGUCCAUGGAUGUAUGAUCGCAAUCAUCAUAAUUAUGCCAAAAAGCAUAUACUCGAUAAAUCAUGGACAAAAAUCGCCAAAGAAUGCAACGACUCAGUGGCUUCUUGUAAGGAGCGUUGGCGUAAUAUCAGAGCAGCGUUUGCGCGCUCUAUUAAUAUCUACAAGACGCAUAGCGGUCCUAACCGUGUUAAGCCAUACUAUCUGCACAAAGAACUGACAUUUUUAGUAAAACCAAUGAUGGAAGGGCGCGAUAGAAAGGACGAUUAUGACGAGGAUACUAGGCAUGAUAUGGACACGGCUAAAGAUGAUGAAUUGGAGGAGGAGGAAGAAGACGAUGAUAUGGAGCAAGCCGAAGACGAAGAAGAGUUUCAAGAUGAGACGGCAGAAAUUAAGUCAGCUUUCGAAGCUUUAAAUCCUGCUAUACGCAUACAUACGGAAGAAUAUCCGAAAGUCUUAAAGACUGUACAUAACAAUAAUCAAAAUUCAACAAACAAUAGCAAUAAUACCAACUUACCAGAGUACGAAUUGAAUGGUUUGUUUGAGCCACAAACUGAAUUUACUACUAGCGAAGCUGAAGCCGAAUUUAAUUUUCAGGAAGAUGGAGAGCAAGAGCGCAAGUUUACAAAGCGGCCGAUGCAUUUUGAAGCCGAAACUUUUGAAUCGAAACGUUUAAAAUUAACAAACGGCUCAAUUACCAGUUCUGAAGCUGAUGUCAGAUUUCUGGAAGCCUUACUGCCCGACAUGGCUUUAAUGAACACUCGUCAAAAAGUCAUAUUCAAACGGAAGAUCUAUCAGACGUUGGAGGAGGUAUUUGAGAACUCAAGUGAUUUUCCCAACAUAAACGCAAAUGAUCAUCACUACAUAAACACGAGUACAGCUACCUCUGCUCCCAAUACUAAUAAUAAUAAUAAUAACAAUAAUAGUAAUAAUAACAAUAUAGCGAACACCGGCUUUAACAAUCAAACAAGUGCAGCUACUAUAACAACAUCAGGUGGAGCUCAAGUUAGGCAGACGAUAUUGACAGUCAAUUCUUCGACUGCUCGCGCUUUAAUUAAUAACAUAGCGAAUCUCAAUGAGUCUGAAUUACAAAAAGUCAACGGUUUUUUGCAAAACACUCUGCGCAGCAGUACAGUUAACACGAGAUUGAUAAACGGCAACCCAACACCGAGUAGUGCGGCUGCGCGCUUAAUGCACUCAACGCCAAAAAUAACGAUAACUAAAGUUUCCUGCCCUCCUCCAGCUGCGUUGCGUAAUUUGAAUGCUAAACCUGCUUCGCCAACCCCAAUUCUCAAUGCUACUAACACUACCACGAGCCAUUCCACUAAUUCUAUUAUGGCACCCAACGUACAUUCGACCACAUCGAAUAUCAGCACAAAUGCUCCUGUUACAACUGCAGCGACUACCACGACCACCAACAACAAUAGCAAUAAUUCGCCAUGGAAUCAACUAAUGCCCAUCACUAUAAAAGACGAAGUUGAAGAUGUCGAUGUCGAUUAGCAUAGUUUGAACGUUCACUGUUAUAAUAAAUUUAUCAAACGCGUAUGCUACCAGACAUUGUAUCGAUUAGCUUACUUCGUUAACAACUACUUUUUCUACAUUAACCGAAUUAAUUUUACUUACUGCUUAGAGCUUGAGUGUUCGAAGCAGCCACCCCAACAUAUUUCGAAGAGUAUGUAGUGUUCACACUCAAUAAGUUGCGAUACAUACCUACUCUUUGCAUGUUCGUCUGUUUUUAGAAUGUUCACAAAAAUUAAAAUUAUGUACAUGUCUUCUUUACGUCAAUUAUUUGAAAUUCUGCUGUAGACGAUGGGUACCCGGGGUACCCAAGGUUCUUCCUUGCAGUUAUUUACACUGUUUUUGUGAAAGCUUUUGUAUUCCCUCAAAAUACGCAGUAGGAAGCUACUAAGCUAAGUACACUUUAAUUCACCUAAUAUCCUAAGUGGACUUAUACCGUUUUACAAGUAACGGACAUAUCUGUCCGUUUUCUGAUUGAAUUCAAUGUAGAAAAUGAGAAUAUGAAGGGAAUUUACACAAUAGAAAAAAUUAAUUAUUUUUUAAUUAAUUACAAUUAAAUAUUAUUAUACUUUUUACAUUUUUAAUAUAAUUAAAAAAUAAAAAAUACAAUUUUUAGUAAAUAUAUGCCAGAGAUGGUGGAUAUUAAAGUUGAGCCAUAUGCCUAAUGCAAUUUCUUUCUUACUUCUUCUCUGCUAAAGCCAUUUGCCUUUUUAAAUACUUAGGACAAUAAUAUACAAUAGGUUUAGAUUCUACAUAAAAAGUUUUUACAUAAUAUUUUGA